GAGUGUCCUGCUGAGCGGUAAACCACCUGCAUUCAGCGGAGGGAGCAGCGCCGGGGCACACGCUUGGCACCAUGACCCAGACGCCCGCCUUCAACAAGCCCAAAGUAGAAUUGCACGUCCACCUCGAUGGAUCUAUCAAGCUCGAAACCAUCUUGUACUAUGGCAGGAAGAGAGGGGUCGCGCUCCCAGCUGACACCGUUGAGGAGCUGCAGAACAUCAUCGGCAUGGACAAGCCGGUCAGCCUCCCGGGCUUCCUGGCCAAGUUCAACUACUACAUGCCUGCCAUCGCGGGCUGCCGGGAAGCCAUCAAAAGGAUCGCCUACGAGUUUGUUGAGAUGAAGGCCAAGGAGGGCGUGGUGUACGUGGAGGUGCGCUACAGCCCGCACAUUCUGGCCAACUCCAAGGUGGAGCCGAUCCCCUGGAACCAGGCCGAAGGGGACCUCACCCCAGACGAGGUGGUGGCCCUAGUGAACCAAGGCCUGCAGGAGGGAGAGCGAGAUUUCAAGGUGAAGGUGCGCUCCAUCCUGUGCUGCAUGCGCCAUGAGCCCAAGUGGUCCCCCGAGGUGGUGGAGCUGUGUAAGAAGUACCGGCACCAGAAUGUGGUGGCCAUGGAUCUGGCUGGAGACGAGACCAUCAAAGGAAGCAGCCUCUUCCCGGGACACAUGGCGGCCUAUGAAGAGGCUGUGAAGAGCGGCAUUCACCGCACGGUCCAUGCCGGGGAGGUUGGCUCUGCAGAGGUGGUGAAAGAGGCUGUGGACAUGCUCAAGACAGAGAGGCUGGGACAUGGCUACCAUACCCUGGAGGAUGAGGCCCUUUACAACAGGCUGCGACAGCAGAACAUGCACUUUGAGGUCUGCCCCUGGUCCAGCUACCUCACGGGCGCCUGGAAGCCGGACACAGAGCACCCGGUCAUUCGGUUCAAAAACGACCAGGCCAACUACUCGAUCAACACGGAUGACCCGCUCAUCUUCAAGUCCACCCUGGACACGGACUACCAGAUGACCAAACGGGACAUGGGCUUCACUGAGGAGGAGUUCAAGAGACUGAACAUCAAUGCAGCAAAGUCCAGUUUCCUCCCAGAAGAUGAGAAGAGGGAGCUACUGAAUCAGCUCUAUAAAGCCUACGGGAUGUCGCCUUCGGACUCUGCAGCAGGGCAGCAUCCAUGAAGAUGUCACAGCUGCCCCUCUGGGCCCUCACGCUGUGGAUGGAGACUUCGCAGCUCUGGGGCGUUGAACGACACUCUCCCCUUUACUCCUGGGACGACUAUGAUUUCCAAAGUCAGUGCUCCCACUUCUCUACCCACAAAUACCUCGGCACGGUCACGUCUCUCCCCUGGUUGUGUGCCGGGCCAGGGUGAAUCUGGACCCUCCUCCCAGGGCGACUCCUGCUGGAAAGCUGGUGCUCAAU